ACUCCUUCCAUUGCUACAGCUGGCACGCCAUGCACAUUGUCUCCAGGGACUCCUUCACUGCUUCAGUCAUCCUUCCACUGGCAAAGGGCACUAAACAUUAAUGAAAGAAGGCCCACUUAAUGGUCCUUUUAUUACUAACUUUAUAUUUUGUUUAGCCUCACCUUUAUUAAUUACAAGAAGCAUUCCAUCAUCACCCAGAAAUACUGAGGCCAGGGCGCACACACACACACACACACACACACACACACAUCAUUCCUGAAUUAAGCAUUGGAUUGGUUAAGUUUUUCAAUGAUAGGAUAUGCCACCAUAAGAAAUAUAACAGUUGACCCAUUGCAUCCUUGUAUACCAUUCGUUAUUUCAAUACUACACAUUUCUUUAUCAUCAAGGAAUAUUUUGGUGUUGUCCUCUGUAUAUACUUUAGCGAUCAGGUCAAUUAACUUUGGGUGUAUCUUAUAUUUUAGCAUUUCUCUGCUUAUACCUGUCGAAUGCCUUUGCAAAGUCUACUGAUAUUAAUAUAAGUGAUCUCUUAUAUUCCUAACUCUUCUGUAUACAGUAAUUUAGUAUAAAUAAAUUGUCUGCUGCUCUUCUGUUUUCCGUAUAUGUAUUUUGUUCUUCCAUUAAUAUAUCGUUUUAUUGUAGAUGUCUGCAUUUUAUUUAUUCAUUUUUAUUUAUUAUUAUUAUUUUUUUAUGAUUCCUAUUAAUAAUUUAUCUGUGGUGUCUGUAAGGGCUAUUGGACUCACAGCUUUUAUUGCUGGCUUUGCGUUUUUCUCCAGUAAUUUAGUAUUUCAUGUUUUCCAUGUAUCCGGGAUUAUUGCUGCAUCACUGACAUCAUUUAAUGCUUGUACGAGAGUUGUUUUACAUUUAUCGUUGUGUGUCAUAGCAAUAAGGAGUUUCGUCUUAAUUUCAUUGGGUCCUGCUGCUUUUUCAGUCUUUGUCUUUUUUAUCUGGUAUUCUAACUCAAUUUUACAAUCUUCCAUUGGUUUUAUAGUGUUACAGCAGGGGUAUGGGUGCGGGUGGCUGAACUGUUGCAGGUGGCAGCACUGGGAGUGGCGGGAAGAGAGAGACUGAAAGAAAGGAGACGCUUGGCCCGAGAGGAAGCCAGCGUGUGCCUGUGCCAGGCAGAGUCCAGGCUGCACGCCCUGCUCGCCGCCAACCAGUCUUGUUGUGUCCAUGGCGUGUGCUGGUGGGAGUGGUGCUGUGGUGGAGGCCAUGAGGCCGGGCAGCAGCAUGAGUGGCCAGCAGCAGCAGCAGCAGCAGCAGCAGCCAGCCUCAGGUGUGGGGAGGCGCAGGCAUGGUGGCAAGAAUCACCUGGAGGCAGGCAGCUCUGUCCACAGAGGAGAGAGCAAGUUUGAGUGCCAGCAGUGUGACAAAACUUUUGUAUCCAAACAAGGCCUUAAGUACCACACCCUGACACACAGUGGUGUUAGAAAUUAUGAGUGUGGUGAGUGUGGGAGGAAAUUUACCCACAAGUUUUCCCUCACCUCACACACCCUGACACACAGUGGUGCUAGAAAUUAUGAGUGUAAUGAGUGUGGGAAGAAAUUUACCCUAAAGGCUUCCCUCAUCAGACACACCCUGACACACAGUGGUGUUAGAAAUUAUGAGUGUGAUGAGUGUGGCAGGAAAUUUACCAGAAAGUCAACCCUCAGCACACACACCCUGACACACAGUGGUGUUAGAAAUUAUGAGUGUGAUGAGUGUGGCAGGAAGUUUAUUACAAAAUCUGACCUCACCAAACACACCCUGAUACACCGUGGUAUUAGAAAUUAUGAGUGUGAUGACUGUGGCAGGAAAUUUAUUAUGAAAUCUGACCUCACCAAACACAUCCUGACACACAGUGGUGUUAGAAAUUAUGAGUGUGAUGAGUGUGGCAGGAAGUUUACCAGAAAGUCUCACCUCAGCAGACACAUCCUGACACACAGUGGUGUUAGAAAUUAUGAGUGUGAUGAGUGUGGCAGGAAGUUUACCAGAAAGUCUCACCUCAGCAGACACAUCCUGACACACAGUGGUGUUAGAAAUUAUGAGUGUGAUGAGUGUGGCAGGAAGUUUACCAGAAAGUCUCACCUCAGCAGACACAUCCUGACACACAGUGGUGUUAGAAAUUAUGAUUGUGGUACCAGGCAGAGUCCAGGCUGCACGCCCUGCUCGCCGCCAACCAAUCUUGUUGUGUCCAUGGUGUGUGCUGGUGGGAGUGGUGCUGUGGUGGAGGCCAUGAGGCCGGGCAGCAGCAUGAGCGGCCAGCAGCAGCAGCAGCAGCAGCCAGCCUCAGGUGUGGGGAGGCGCAGGCAUGGUGGCAAGAAUCACCUGGAGGCAGGCAGCUCUGUCCACAGAGGAGAGAGCAAGUUUGAGUGCCAGCAGUGUGACAAAACUUUUGUAUCCAGACAAGGCCUUAAGUACCACACCCUGACACACAGUGGUGUUAGAAAUUAUGAGUGUGGUGAGUGUGGCAGGAAAUUUACCCAAAAGUCUAACCUCACCUCACACACACUGACACACAGUGGUGUUAGAAAUUAUGAGUGUGGUGAGUGUGGGAAGAAAUUUACCCACAAGUCUUACCUCACCAGACACACCCUGACACACAGUGGUGCUAGAAACUAUGAGUGCAAUGAGUGUAGGAGGAAGUUUACCCAAAAGGCUUCCCUCAUCAGACACACCCUGACACACAGUGGUGUUAGAAAUUAUGAGUGUGAUAAGUGUGGGAAGAAAUUUAUCAGAAAGUCUAUCCUCAGCACACACACCCUGACACACAGUGGUGUUAGAAAUUAUGAGUGUGAUGAGUGUGGCAGGAAGUUUAUUACAAAAUCUGAACUCACCAAACACACUGUGAUACACCGUGGUAUUAGAAAUUAUGAGUGUGAUGAGUGUGGCAGGAAAUUUAUUAGAAAAUCUGACCUCAUCAAACACAUCCUGACACACAGUGGUGUUAGAAAUUAUGAGUGUGAUGAGUGUGGCAGGAAGUUUACCAGAAAGUCUCACCUCAGCAGACACAUCCUGACACACAGUGGUGUUAGAAAUUAUGAGUGUGAUGAGUGUGGCAGGAAGUUUACCAGAAAGUCUCACCUCAGCAGACACAUCCUGACACACAGUGGUGUUAGAAAUUAUGAGUGUGAUGAGUGUGGCAGGAAGUUUACCAGAAAGUCUCACCUCAGCAGACACAUCCUGACACACAGUGGUGUUAGAAAUUAUGAGUGUGAUGAGUGUGGCAGGAAGUUUACCAGAAAGUCUCACCUCACCAAACACAUCCUGACACACAGUGGUGUUAGAAAUUAUGAUUGUGGUACCAGGCAGAGUCCAGGCUGCACGCCCUGCUCGCCACCAACCAAUCUUGUUGUGUCCAUGGCGUGUGCUGGUGGGAGUGGUGCUGUGGUGGAGGCCGUGAGGCCGGGCAGCAGCAUGAGUGGCCAGCAGCAGCAGCAGCAGCAGCAGCCAGCCUCAGGUGUGGGGAGGCGCAGGCAUGGUGGCAAGAAUCACCUGGAGGCAGGCAGCUCUGUCCACAGAGGAGAGAGCAAGUUUGAGUGCCAGCAGUGUGACAAAACUUUUGUAUCCAGACGUGGCCUUGACUACCACACCCUGACACACAGUGGUGUUAGAAAUUAUGAGUGUGGUGAGUGUGGCAGGAAAUUUACCCAAAAGUGUUACCUCACCACACACACCCUGACACACAGUGGUGUUAGAAAUUAUGAGUGUGGUAAGUGUGGCAGGAAAUUUAUCCAAAAAUCUAGCCUCACCACACACACCCUGACACACAGUGGUGUUAGAAAUUAUGAGUGUGGUGAGUGUGGCAGGAAGUUUACCAGAAAGUCAACCCUCAGAAGACACAUCCUGACACACAGUGGUGUUAGAAAUUAUGAGUGUGAUGAGUGUGGGAAGAAAUUUACCCGGAAGUUCUCCCUCACCACACACACCCUGACACACAGUGGUGUUAGAAAUUAUGAGUGUGGUGAGUGUGGCAGGAAAUUUAUUGCAAAAUCUAACCUCACCAAACACACCGUGAUACACCGUGGUAUUAGAAAUUAUGAGUGUGGUGAGUGUGGCAGGAAAUUUAUUACAAAAUCUGACCUCACCAAACACAUCCUGACACACAGUGGUGUUAGAAAUUAUGAGUGUGAUGAGUGUGGCAGGAAGUUUACCAGAAAGUCAACCCUCAGCAGACACAUCCUGACACACAGUGGUGUUAGAAAUUAUGAGUGUGAUGAGUGUGGCAGGAAGUUUACCAGAAAGUCUCACCUCCCCAAACACAUCCUGACACACAGUGGUGUUAGAAAUUAUGAGUGUGAUGAGUGUGGCAGGAAGUUUACCAGAAAGUCUCACCUCACCACACACAUCCUGACACACAGUGGUGUUAGAAAUUAUGAGUGUGGUGAGUGUGGGAAGAAAUUUACCCACAAGUCUUGCCUCACCUCACACACCCUGACACACAGUGGUGCUAGAAAUUAUGAGUGCAAUGAGUGUGGGAGGAAGUUUACCAAAAAGGGUUCCCUCACCACACACACCCUGACACACAGUGGUGUUAGAAAUUAUGAGUGUGAUGAGUGUGGCAAAAGAUUUCCUACCAUUUCUCGUCUCAAUAAACACACCUUCAGACACACUGGCUUGAGGGAGUUCAAGUGUGAUGUUUGUGACAAGUGUUUCAAGACAAAGGGUGAUAUUGCCAGCCACAUGAGGGUCCACUUCUGAGGUGGUGUGUUGUGUGUGGAUGUGUGGGGCCACACCCAUGCCUGUGGUGGUGGCGGUGGUGGUGGUGUGAGGGAGUAACAGCUCCAGCAGUUGUUUUGUUGGCAGUGCAGGUGUGACCUUCAAUAAAUGUGUGUGUCUAACAUAACGCCAAGUUCUUUUCCGUUUUGAGUGGUGGUGUGUGAGUUCCCUGUGUUUGGUGUUUGGUGCACAGUCGUGGUGGCCACAAGCACCGCCCCCAACACUUGCUUCACUUUAUCUGAGCAGCCGCGUCCCUCACCACCCUGCCAGCCUGUCUUGCGUGCACUGGGUGUGCCUGAGCCGUCGUGCAGACGCUGGGGCACGGCCGUGGCAGUCUUCGGCAAGCACGGGCGUCUGGCGUGGUGGUGUAAGAAUGCGCGUCGUGUCUUUUGUAUCAGUUAGGAAGAGCAGGGGACCCAGCACAGGGCCCUGCGGCACCCUACCGUGCACCUUCACUCUGCUGGACGCUGCUGCAUGUACUAUUGUGCCUCUACAUGCUGCACCUGCUGGAGGUGUUUCAGUGGUACAAGGACUGUGGCGAGGGUGACACAGGCAGAAUUCUCAGGAUACAAAAAGACAUGUUAUCAAUGUCUGUCAUAUUUCUCUACUCACUUCUUCACUUUGCUGGCCAAGAACACAUUACACUGUACAGUCUUGCUGCUGUAAUGCCAACACACUCUAGCAAAAAAUAAAUAAAUAAAUAAAAAAAACUUCAGUAGCCUGGGAAGCAAAAUACAUGAAGAAAAGGGGAAGUGACAACUAGAAAGAAAAUAAAAAAAGGAAAACAAAACUGCUGAACAAAAAAAAAGUAUUGGAAAAAAAAAAAAAAGAAUGAUUUUAACAGCAAAACACACACACACACACACACACACACACACACACACACACACACACACACACACACACACACACACACACACACACACACACACACACACACACACACACACACACACACACACACACACACACACACACACA